AUGCCUCGACCACGCUUGUCGCCGCACCUGUCGCUGCACCGCUUCAAAAGCACCAACUCGGUCAAGUCGACAUCGGAUAGCCAGACCAACAGCCGAGCCGUGAGCCCCCAAAGGAAGACGACGGACGUGCAGGGUGACAAGGCACUCAACCUGAUCUUGAGAGUCCAGGUGCUCGAGGGCCGCAACCUCGCUCCCAAAGAUAAGAAUGGCACCAGCGACCCCUACCUAGUCAUCACACUGGGAGAUGCUCGCGAAGCCACGUCCGUAAUCGACAAGACAUUGAACCCCAAAUGGAACCAAACCUUUGAUCUCCCUGUUUCAGGCAUCUCGAGUCUGCUGCUCGAGGCCGUGUGCUGGGACAAGGAUCGCUUUAGCAAAGACUACAUGGGCGAGUUUGACGUUGCUCUCGAGGAUAUCUUUACAAACGGCCACACUACUCAGGAGGCCAAGUGGUAUAAGCUCGAAUCUAGAAAGUCGGGCCGCAAGAAGAGCCAUGCCUCUGGCGAAGUCCUCUUGAAGUUCUCUAUCUUCGAUCCUAUCAAUCCCAACGCCACCGCCCAACAAACGCUCCAGAAAUUCUUCCAUGUUGUCGCUCUCGAAGACCCCGCUGAGGGCGACGAAGACCUCGAUGAACUAGCCCGAGCAGGAGAAUCCCUCGACGAGGACGAGGACGAUGAUGAAGACGGUUCCGGCAGCCCCGAGCAAUCGGAAAAGAGGAAGAAGAGACACAGACUCGCUCGUCUGAAGCGCAAGACCAAGCUGAAGGCUUACGAGUUCAAUGGUAUGAGUGCUGUUGCCGGUGUUCUCUUUGUUGAGAUACAGAAGGUGACAGACCUGCCUCCGGAGCGCAACAUGACCCGUACCUCGUUCGACAUGGAUCCCUUUGUCGUCAGCUCCUUGGGCAAGAAGACAUACAGGACUCGCGUCGUCAGGCACAACCUCAACCCAGUCUUUGAAGAGAAACUCGUCUUCUCGGUGUUGCGACAUGAGAUCAACUACUCACUCAACCUUACUGUCAUCGACAGGGACAAGCUUUCCGGAAACGACUUUGUUGGUGCUGCGACUUUCUCCCUCGAAAGAGCUAGGGCUGUUCAGCCAGAGGCUGACCCGGAAACUGGUCUUUACAACUGUCCCGAGACCCCGGACGCUGGAGCCACCUCUGGCACCGAAUAUAGACGCUCAAGAUUUCGCUUGAACUCGUCGCGGUCACAGUCGAGUCAGACGCUUAGCAGGUCGUCUCGCAACGCCUCGGCCAAGGAUCUCAACAAAAUCUCUAGGACAUCUUCGAACACAAGCAGCCACAGACCUUCGUUACGGAAGGAAGACUCUGGCGACUCUCUCAAUGCUAUCGACUCGCGCGAGGACUUCCCGACACCAAUGUCACAGGUGACCAGCAAUCCAUACAUGACUGACGCUUCUGGCAUUCCUCAAGUCAACGUGGAUAAUGACGGUGUCGAUGAUCCAGACCUCAAGUAUUAUGCUGUUCCUCUGCAGUUGAAGCACAAGGACAGAUGGGAAGACAAGCACAACCCCAUCGUUCACAUCAGGGUCAAGUAUCUACCAUAUCAAGCCCUUCGUCAACAAUUCUGGCGUGCUAUGUUGAAGCACUAUGAUGCAGACGACACUGGAAGCCUCGACAAGGUUGAACUGACUACCAUGCUUGAUACUCUUGGUUCGACCUUGCACGAGAACACUAUCAACUCCUGGUUCAAACGCUUUGCUGCUGAGAAUGGCGGAGAGGAGGUGUUGACCAUGGAUCAGGCAGUAAUUUGUCUCGAGGACCAGCUUAUGAAAUACCAAAAGAAGGCAACUCUCGCGGACACCAUCCAAGGAAAACUCCAUAUCGCGGAAACAUCAACAUCGAAGCUGACUUCCGCCGACGGGUCCAAAUCGGCCGAGAGUCUUGUACGUUCUGAAGACAGCUCGACGCUGGGGACACCCCUUAAUAACCGCUCUCAAACCUCUGUGAUUCCAGCACUGGAAGUUCAGGACCUGUCAGCCGACGGAGAAGAAGGAGGUGCUUUGCCGGACGACGAUCUUGCGGAUGGGGAGAAGGGCGAGGAGCACAUCGUUGAGAUCAAGGAGUGCCCAAUUUGCCAUCAACCCCGUCUGGACAAGAAGAACACCGAAGCCGACAUUAUCACACACGUUGCCACUUGUGCGUCACAAGACUGGCGCGCUGUCAAUAAUAUUGUCAUGGGCGGCUUCGUGACCAGCAGCCAAGCACAGAGAAAGUGGUACAGCAAGGUCAUCACCAAGAUCGGUUACGGUGGCUACAAGAUUGGAGCCAACAGUGCCAACAUUCUCGUCCAAGAUCGUAUCACUGGGCAGAUUAACGAAGAGAGAAUGAGUGUGUAUGUCAGACUGGGUAUCCGAUUGCUCUACAAAGGUCUUAAAAGCAGGGACAUGGAGAAGAAGAGGAUCCGCAAGCUUCUUCGAUCUCUGUCUUUCAAGCAAGGCCGUAAGUACGACGACCCUGCUUCAGCAUCGCAGAUUCCCGGUUUCAUCAACUUCCAUCAGCUGGACAUGUCCGAAGUUCUCUUGCAAACGAAAGAUUUCAAGAGCUUCAACGAGUUCUUCUACCGCAAGUUGAAGCCAGACGCCAGGCCCUGCUCAGCUGCAGACAGGCCGGAAAUUGUUGUCUCGCCAGCAGACUGCCGGACAGUCGUGUUCAAUCAAAUCAGUGAAGCCCAACGUGUGUGGGUGAAGGGACGCGAGUUUUCUGUCGAGAGACUCUUGGGCAAUGCAUAUCCCGAAGACGCCAAACGCUAUGCCGGAGGCUCGCUGGGGAUCUUCCGUCUGGCGCCACAAGACUACCAUCGCUUCCACAUUCCGGUGGAUGGUACGAUGCUCGAGCCCAAGCUCAUUGAAGGCGAGUACUAUACUGUCAAUCCCAUGGCUAUCCGCAGUGCGCUUGACGUGUAUGGCGAGAACGUCAGAGUGGUGGUGCCGAUUGACAGCCCCAAGCAUGGACGCGUGAUGGUCAUCUGCGUGGGAGCUAUGAUGGUUGGCAGUACAGUCAUCACGCGGAAGGCAGGAGAAAAGGUCAGUCGUGCAGAAGAGUUGGGGUACUUCAAGUUCGGUGGCAGUACGUUGUUGCUGCUGUUCGAGCCUGGGAGAAUGGUGUACGAUGACGACUUGGUGGACAACUCCAACGGAGCAUUGGAGACAUUGGUCCGUGUUGGCAUGUCGAUUGGACACAGCCCUGACGUGGCACCUCAUAUACCCGACAUGCGCAAGGAGAAUCCCAGCAUGGCUGAGAAGCAGGAGGCCAAACGCAGAAUUGAAGGCAGUUUUGCACCUACGAGAGCGAUGCCUGGCUUGCCGUCGGCAGCCAACAUGCAGUGA